UUGAGUCUGAAGCUCUUGCUCUGUUUCUCUGUGAGCGCCUCCCCAUCUUCACUGUCAGAAGAAAGAAAACCAGAAACCUAUAUAGCAACUAUUUCUAUUUACUCCAAACACAAAACCCAGAAAUUGCAGAUGGAGAAAGCCACUCCCAAGGUUCCGAUCGAAGGCCGUAGGAACAUAUUGAUUACUAGUGCAUUGCCUUACGUCAAUAACGUCCCUCACCUCGGCAACAUCAUCGGCUGUGUUUUAAGUGCUGAUGUCUUCGCUCGCUACUGCCGUCUCAGAGGUUAUAACGCUAUAUACAUCUGCGGGACUGAUGAGUAUGGAACUGCAACGGAGACCAAAGCCAUGGAAGAGAAUUGCACCCCUCAGCAGAUUUGUGAUAAGUACCAUGCAAUUCACAGAGAGGUAUACAAAUGGUUUGACAUUAGUUUCGAUAAGUUUGGGCGCACAUCUACUCCGCAGCAGACUGAAAUUUGUCAAGCGAUUUUCAAUAAGUUAUUGGAGAACAAUUGGCUUUCUGAAAACACUAUGCAGCAGCUUUAUUGUGAUACUUGUAAACGUUUCUUAGCUGAUCGUUUUGUGGAGGGUACCUGUCCCACACUAAAUUGUAAUUAUGAUUCUGCGCGAGGGGAUCAGUGUGAAAAGUGUGGGAAUAUGUUGAAUCCAACGGAACUAAAGGAUCCUAAAUGCAAGGUAUGUAAGACAACUCCACGUAUACGGGAUACAGAGCAUUUGUUUCUAGAGCUCCCGUUGCUGAAAGAUAAGCUGGAGGAGUAUAUCAACAAAAUGUCAGUGGCAGGAUCUUGGAGUCAGAAUGCUAUUCAAGCCACAAAUGCAUGGCUAAAAGAAGGAUUAAAACAACGAUGUAUUACCAGGGACCUCAAGUGGGGAGUUCCUGUUCCUCAUGAGAAAUUUAAGGAAAAGGUUUUCUAUGUGUGGUAUGACGCUCCAAUCGGAUAUGUUUCAAUUACUGCAUGCUAUACGAGUGAUUGGAGCCAAUGGUGGAAGAAUCCUUCAAAUGUGGAACUGUAUCAGUUUAUGGGCAAGGAUAAUGUGCCAUUCCAUACUGUAAUGUUUCCAUCUACGCUUAUUGGGACUGAAGAAAACUGGACAUUGAUGAAGACUAUCAGUGUGACUGAGUACCUAAACUAUGAAGCAGGUAAAUUCUCCAAAAGUAAGGGAAUUGGCGUCUUUGGUAAUGAUGCAAAAGAUACAAACAUCCCUGUUGAAGUAUGGCGAUAUUACUUGUUAACAAAUAGGCCCGAGGUGUCGGAUACCUUAUUCACAUGGGCUGAUCUGCAAGCAAAACUGAAUUCUGAAUUGCUCAAUAACUUGGGAAAUCUUAUUAAUCGAGUGUUGAGCUUUAUAGCAAAACCUGAAGGCCAAGGAUAUGCUUCUAUCAUUCCUGAUGCUCCAGGUGCAGAAUCACAUCCAUUGACCAAGAAAUUAGCAGAAAAAGUUGGUGAUUAUGUUGAUCAAUACAUUGAGGCGAUGGAGAAGGUUAAACUAAAGCAAGGAUUGAAGACUGCAAUGGCAAUUUCUAGUGAAGGGAAUGCAUAUUUGCAAGACAGCCAAUUUUGGAAGCUCUUUAAAGAAGAUCCAUCUUCCUGCAACAUCAUUAUGAGAACUUCAGCUGGACUAGUAUAUCUGCUUGCAGCUUUGUUAGAACCUUUCAUUCCAUCUUUUUCUGUUGAGGUAUUAAGGCAGUUAAAUUUGCCAAGCCAACAUCUAUCACUGUGUGAAGGAGAUAUUGAUAGGGCACGAAGACCUUGGGAGAUUCUACCUUCUGGUCAUAAAAUAGGCAAGCCUGAACCUUUAUUUAAGGAACUGAAAGAUGAAGAGGUAGAGUUCUACAGGGAAAAAUUUGCUGGAAGUCAAGCUGAUAGGAUAGAGAAGGCAGAUGCUACAAAGAAGGUUGCUGAGCAGCUGAAGAAAACAAAAAUUUCAGCUGAUGGAGAUGGAAAAAAUCAAAAGCCAAGUAAAUCUACCGCUGAUGGCAAAUCAAAGGCAGCUGUUGAAGCAGAAAUCACCAUUUCAAGACUUGAUAUACGUGUUGGCCUAAUUACGAAAGUUCAGAAGCAUCCAGAUGCUGAUUCCCUUUACAUUGAAGAGAUAGAUGUGGGUGAAGAAACACCUAGGACAGUCGUUAGUGGCCUUGUCAAGUAUAUUCCUCUUGAAGAAAUGCAGAAUCGGAAAGUUUGUGUUUUCUGCAACCUGAAGCCAGCAACCAUGCGGGGUGUCAAAUCACAAGCCAUGGUUCUUGCGGCUUCGAAUGGAGACCAUACAAAAGUUGAAUUGGUUGAUCCACCUGAAUCUGCUACCGUGGGGGAGAGAGUUACAUUUCCUGGAUUUGUUGGUGAGCCCGACAGUGUUCUGAAUCCCAAGAAGAAGGUUUGGGAAACACUGCAAGUGGAUCUCCACACAGAUUCAGAGUUGGUCGCCUACUAUAAAGACAUCCCCUUCACGACAUCAGCAGGUGUUUGUAAGGUUGCAUCCAUCGCGGAAGGCACCAUUCGGUAGUUCCUUUGUAAAUGAAGGCUCCCCAAAAGUUUCCAAAAAAAAUCUUAUUUUGUUGUUAUUUAUCAGAAACUUGAGUGCCAAAAGGGAAAAAAAUUAAAUUUCCAAUUACUUGUUUGUUAUUUAAACAAUUCCCCCCCCCCCCACCCCCCCUAAAAAAGAAUUUUGUAAAUGGUAAUUGUAUGAAGUGUGUUUCCAAAAUAAUUUCUUGUGCUGUGGGUGACCAGGCUCAUGCUUCUCUCCAUGUCUGUCGUGGUCAAUCCUCAGUUUAUUCUUUACAUGUUAAUUCAUCUAUAGUGAA